CUACGCAAAAGCGUUACGCUCCUCAACGCACAUCACGAUGGCAGCAGCAGCACAAAAGACGUCCUGGGCAGACGAUGUCGACGACCAGAUCGCCGAGCAACCCAAGAUCGAGAACUACAUCGAUGAGAACGGUGUCCGGAUCACCGUUGAGUACAGUGUGAAUGAUGACGGGAAGAAAGUCAAGAUCACGCGCAAGACCAAGCGCGUCCUCCAAAAGGCCGUAGUAGAACACGCCGUCGCCGAACGCAAGAAGUGGGCCAAGUUCGGGCAGGAGCGGGGGAACAAGGAUGGUCCUGAUCCCGCAACGACUACAGUUGGAGAAAACGUUUACCUGAAACUGUCGGCUGGUAACAAGUCCAACGAGCCAGAGCCAACACCCGAGCAAAGUAUCAAGGGUCAGCUCCAAAAAGCCGGCGCGGGCAAAGUCGUCUGUCGACUCUGCAAGGGCGACCAUUUCACCGCCAAGUGUCCGUACAAGGACUCUCUUGCGGGUCUCGAGAGUGCCGAUGCCCCACCAGGCGAAGAUGGCGCCUUCCCCGCAGAACCCACAGCUGGUGCCGCCCCGGGAGCCGGCGCAGGCGGCUCCACAAUUGGCGGAAAAUAUGUCCCGCCCUCGAUGCGCGCGGGCGCACGCGGCGCCGGCGAGGCGAUGGGUCGCCCGGGGCGGGGAGACGAUCUGCCCACGCUGCGCGUCACCAACAUCAGCGAGGACACGCAGGAGAACGACCUGCGCGAUCUGUUUGGGCGCUUUGGGCGCGUCGCGCGCGUGUAUGUGGGUAGGGACAGGGAGACGGGCGCGGGCAAGGGCUUCGCGUUUGUGAGCUUUGAGGAGCGAGCUGUUGCGCAGAAGGCGAUGGAGAAGGUGCAUGGGAUGGGUUAUGAUAACCUUAUUCUGAGCGUGCAGUGGUCACAACCAAGACCCGACGGUCGAUGAUUGCGUUCGACGACGAUCGUCUGUUGUAUUGCUUUAUGUGUACGCUGAUAGUAUUCACGAUGAGCACUGCCGGGGCACUAGCGCACUAUGCUUUCAAUUUUACCGGACUGCAUUUCGCUGCAUCGGUUGAUUGCGGACAUGAUUGAGAAUCCCGUCGCUGAUCACUUUAGGGCAGGUUAUC